AUGGCUUUGCCAAACUGCGUGGCAGAUGUGUUGGAUCCAAUACUUAAGCAAGAAGCUGAGGAAACAAGUGCUGAUGCCUCUCGUAAGCGCUCCAACGACAUAGAGGCUUUAAAGGCUGACAAAAGAUGGGCUUUUACAACGGAGGAGAGGCUGUAA